AUGACUGACAACUCAACUGGUGCACCCCCCGCCUCGGCGCCUCCGCAAAAUGGCUCUGGCAAUGGCAUGGCGCCUCCUCCUCUGCAUAUUCCGGCAAACAACAACCCGAUCCCGACUGCCAUCACCUCUCCCCGCGGCGAAAAUAGCGGAGUCAUGUCGCCUACAAGCCCAGGAGGAUUCCGACGUGCUGCUCCCGAGCCUAAUAAGCGUGCUCUCUACGUCGGUGGUCUGGAUCAGCGCGUCACCGAGGACGUGCUGCGCCAAAUUUUCGAGACUACUGGCCAUGUCCAGAAUGUCAAGAUUAUUCCCGACAAGAAUGCUAAGGGUUUCAACUACGGAUUCGUUGAGUACGAUGACCCGCUCUCGGCUGACCGUGCCAUGCAAACCUUGAACGGGCGCCGAGUUCAUCAGUCGGAAAUCCGCGUCAACUGGGCCUACCAGUCCAACACCUCUGGUAAAGAAGAUACAUCCGGCCACUUUCAUAUUUUCGUCGGCGAUCUUUCCAACGAAGUCAACGAUGAAAUUCUCACGCAGGCCUUCUCCGCCUUCGGAUCCGUUUCUGAAGCUCGUGUCAUGUGGGACAUGAAGACGGGCCGCUCCCGUGGCUAUGGAUUCGUUGCCUUCCGUGAUCGCCCCGAGGCUGAAAAGGCUCUGAGCUCGAUGGACGGCGAGUGGCUUGGAUCUCGAGCCAUCCGCUGCAACUGGGCCAACCAAAAGGGCCAGCCUUCUAUGGCUCAGCAACAGGCGAUGCAGGCUAUGGGCCUGGCGCCUACCACGCCAUUUGGCCACCACCAAUUUCCAACACAUGGUGUUGGUAGCUACGACGUCAUUUUGGCCCAAACGCCAACCUGGCAGACGACUGUCUAUGUCGGCAACCUGACACCCUACACUACUCCUAACGACGUUGUCCCGCUGUUCCAGAACUUUGGCUUCGUGGUCGAAUCUCGUUUUCAGGCGGAUCGUGGGUUUGCGUUUAUUAAGAUGGAUUCCCACGAGAACGCUUCCAUGGCCAUCUGUCAAAUGAAUGGGUACAAUGUUAAUGGACGGCCGCUCAAAUGCAGCUGGGGUAAGGACAAGACGCCGAACCAGGGGUUCGACCCUUCCUCGCCUUACAGCCCUCAGAGCGCCCAAGGCCCUGGUUUCGCUGGCUCCUACUAUCCCCAGUACGGUGCCCAGUACGGUGGUCAACCUGGAAACUACCCUGCCGCCCAGACUGGCUCCCCUGGUGGUUUUGCUGGCUCUCCCAUGGGAUACAACGGACCUCCCCAGAGUGCUGGUGGCUACGGCCGGGGCCAGCCUCCCAAUGGUGGCCAGUGGACGCAACCUCCCGGCCAGUUUACCGGUUACCAAUCCUAA